AUGAAGUCAAGAAAAGCUCCAGAUAGUGACGAAAUGACAGUUGAUAUCCUAAAAGCUGGUGGUGAGCCAGUUUUAAGAUGGCUUGUUAAACGCUUCGCUGAUGUAUGGAUUAACGAACAGAUGGUAAAGGAAUGGAGCGUGACAACUCUAAUCAGAUUAUACAAAAAUAAAGGUGAUAAAAAAAUUCGUGAUAAUUACAGAGGUAUCGCAUUAUUGAAUAUAACAAGUAAGAUAUUCUCACGUAUCAUACAUAAUCGUAUUCAAGAUCUAAUAAACGGUCAACUACUUGAGAUACAAUCUGGUUUCAGACCAAACAGAUCUACUAUGGAUCAAAUAUUCACUUAA